UUAUGUACAAAAGAACGGCGCAGAAAAAUAAAUGUCAAUUUCGUAAGUUUUGUUAUCAGUUCCUCAAUUUGCAUUUUUCCGGUGAAAUACAUAAGAAAUCCAGUGGUAAUGAGUUCUAAAUCCAAAGUACUAUCCCUCUACAAGACAAUGCUGAGGGAAUCUCAGAAAUUCUCCUCCUACAACUACAGAGAAUACGCCAGGCGAAGGAUAAAGGAUGCUUUCAGAGAUAAUAAAGAUCUCUCAGAUGCCCAAUCAAUACAGAAUCAAUUGAAAUAUGCUGAUGAAAAUCUCCAAGUAAUCCGGCGACAGGCUCUAAUUGGUGAUCUGUACAAGACCGAUAGGCUGGUAAUUGAGAAGUAAAAAGAAGACACCAACAUAGAUGAUACAAAGUGUGAUGAAGUAAUCAUAAACUCAAAUCUUUAGCAUUGUUGAACUAUACUCGAGAGUAAACUUUGGAAAAAUACAGCAUUUCUUUAGGUAACAAUAUUUUCUUUGACUACCGACUACCGUGACUCAUUCUCAUUUUAUGCUGAGUAAUUCCUCACAAAGGGUUUAAUAUUAGGCAAUAUUAAUAUUUCCGAAAUAAAACCAUAACAAUUUAUUUAACAAUUAUAAAAAAAAUAUUACAAAUUUCUGGGCAAGACUUUAUAGGGAUUGAGGAUUCCAUUGGGAUCCAGAAGGGUCUUCAUUUCUCUCAUCAAGUCCAGGGCUUCAGGGCUCUUUGAGUAUUUUAGGUAAUUGGGCUUGAGAAAACCAAUUCCAUGUUCUGCACUUAUGCUGCCUUUCAAAUUACUCGUGAACUCAUAAACAAAUGGUUCUACCAAUUUGUAUAUUUCUUGAGUAAAUUCCGGACAGCUCACAUUAAGGUGUAAAUUGGAAUCACCUGAAAAUACAGAGAAAAUCCAAUAUUCCUAAUCCGUUUGUUAAUUUAAAAAAAAGCAUAAAACUUUACCAAUAUGCCCAUAUCCGCAGACUUUUGUUGCCAAACUUCCUACGCGCUCCUUCAUCGCCGGAAUAAUGUCGUAGAAAUGCUUCAGGGGCACUGAAACGUCGUAUUUAAAGCAAAAUCCAUCAUAAAGAAUUCCAGGGGCAAUUCUUUCUCUAAGUUGCCAAAUAUCCUGCAAGUACUAAAUCCUUAAAAUCAUCCGAUAACAGAAAAUCAUUUAAUCAACUUACCCUCAUCUUCCUGGAUUCAUUCGUCGUUGUUCCAUCGAGAACAAUUCCCGAUUCCAUUGAAUUAUUGAGGAAAUCAUGCAAUUUCUCUUCAUCGUGUUCCACUCGGCUUCCUGAUGUCUCAAUUAGCAUGUAAAAAGGAUAUUCUGGGAUUGGGGAUGAAUGGUUGAAAGGUUUUGUACUGCAUUCCAAUGAUUGUGCAUCGAUCAUCUCACAGGAAGAGAGAAUCUCGCCCAAUUGUUGCUUGGCCAGCAAGAAGGUCUUCAUCACAUUUUCGUAGUUCUCCAGGCC